ACGACUCUGUUUCACCGACCCAAUCUACUCCUAGUGGAAAACUGUGGGAUAAACUAUUAAGUGCUGCAUCAUCGGCUUAUAGUUCUCUUGAAGAUAAUUCUGAUAAUGGUAUUUGUUUUUCUGAUUUUCAAAAGUCUGAAAAAGAUGAUUGGGAAGGUGAAACUCAUAUUUCUCGUAUAUUACGUGAAUAUCAUCAACAGAAGAAUGGUGAUAUUCCUGAUUGGUUAUAUGAUUCUAAACCUACUUUAUCAGAAAGGGAAACUACAAAAAAUCCUAUUUCCUCUCAUAAAAAUAACCCACCCAUUAAUAGACAUCCUACAGAAAGUUACAAAAAUCCUUUACCAAAUAAUUUAAGACCUUUUCCCUCAAAUGAUAAUAACAGAGGUAGACAACCGAGAGUUUAUGAUAAGGCUGAUGAUUUGUUAGUACCAGGUCCACCCGCAUCAUCUAUGAAUCUCAUGAAUAGAAGUCAUAAUGUUAAUAAUCCAUCAAAUAGAUUUAAUAAUUAUGAUGAUCAGAGAAAAUUUGGCCCUCCACCUGUUCCAUCUGUUCCAAAAAAACAUGAUCCGAGAAUGUAUAAUGAUAGGACUCCAAACAAUUAUGAUCCACGAUUUUAUAAUGAUAGACCUCAAAGUAAUUAUGAUCCAAGAAUGCAUAAUGAUAGAUAUAAUAAUAAUAGAUAUAAUAAUAAUAGAAAUAAUGAUAGGUACAACGAUAGGUAUAAUGAUAGGAUAAAAAACGAUAGGGUCCCACCCUUUCCACCACAACAACCAAGGGUAUUUCCACCCAGUGAUGUUGCUAAAUUGACCUCAAAAAAGUCACAGCAACUAUUACGUAUAAAUCCUUCCGAAUAUUAUUCUAAUGCUAAUAGGGCAAGAAGUGUUAGCCCUAAUCCGUCAUUUCGUGAUCGGGGCAGUAAACAAUCCAAUCAAAAAUUAAAACCUGGUGUUUACUUUUAA